ACAGUUGUCAAAGUGCUUUUGCCAGAGCGGUCACAUAAUCAACCUGAAAGAAGAAAAUAAAUACUGUACACUUUUAAAUUUUAUCGUUCCUUAAAAACUGGACACUCAAAGCUGCGCAAACCAUGCAGGAUGAUUUACUGAUGGACAAAAGCAAAACCCAGCCCCAGCCCCAGCAGCAGCGGCAGCAGCAGCAGCAGCAGCAGCCCCAGCCCGAGCCCAGCGCAGCCGAAACCCCGUCCACGCCCCUCUCCUCAGAGACCCCCAAGCCGGAGGACAGCAGCGCAGUGCCGGCUCUUAGCCCUGCCGCGGCCCCGCCGGCCCCCAACGGCCCCGACAAGAUGCAGAUGGAAUCGCCGCUCCUGCCGGGCUUGAGUUUCCACCAGCCCCCUCAGCAGCCGCCGCCACCGCAGGAUCCCGCGGCGCCGGGUGCGUCGCUGUCGCCGUCCUUCGGUAGCACCUGGUCCACGGGCACCACGAACGCGGUGGAAGACAGCUUCUUCCAGGGGAUCACCCCAGUCAACGGGACCAUGCUCUUCCAGAACUUCCCGCACCACGUCAACCCAGUCUUCGGAGGCACCUUCUCCCCGCAGAUCGGCCUGGCGCAGACCCAGCACCACCAGCAGCCGCCGCCGCCCGCGCCUCAGCCCGCGCAGCCAGCGCAGCCCCAGCAGGCGCAGCCCCCGCAGCAGCGCCGGUCGCCCGCCAGCCCCAGUCAGGCGCCCUAUGCUCAGAGGAGCGCCGCCGCGGCUUACGGCCACCAGCCCAUCAUGACCAGCAAGCCGUCCUCGUCCUCGGCUGCAGCAGCCGCCGCGGCCGCAGCUGCCGCCUCGUCCGCCUCGUCCAGCUGGAGCACGCACCAGAGCGUGAACGCCGCCUGGAGCGCGCCUUCUAACCCCUGGGGUGGCCUGCAGGCGGGCCGGGACCCUCGCCGGGCGGUCGGCGUGGGCGUGGGCGUGGGCGUCGGGGUGCCUUCACCGCUCAACCCCAUUUCGCCACUCAAAAAACCCUUCUCCAGCAAUGUGAUCGCGCCGCCCAAGUUCCCUCGUGCGGCCCCGCUCACCUCCAAGACCUGGAUGGAGGAUAACGCUUUCCGGACGGAUAAUGGUAACAAUCUGUUGCCAUUUCAGGAUCGGAGUAGGCCCUAUGACACUUUUAACUUGCACUCGUUGGAGAACUCCUUAAUGGAUAUGAUAAGGACUGAUCAUGAGCCUCUGAAAGGACGCAUGGGAAUAAAUUUCCAUCAUCCAGGAACAGAUAAUAUUAUGGCACUUAACAGUCGGUCUUCUCUCUUUCCCUUUGAAGAUGCCUUCCUGGAUGACAGUCACGGCGAUCAGUCCUUGUCAUCGGGUUUAAGUUCUCCCACUCGCUGUCAAAAUGGGGAACGAGUAGAACGCUACUCUAGAAAGGUGUUUGUUGGAGGCCUUCCUCCUGAUAUCGAUGAAGAUGAGAUCACUGCCAGCUUUCGCAGGUUUGGACCUCUCGUUGUAGACUGGCCUCACAAAGCUGAAAGCAAGUCGUAUUUUCCUCCUAAAGGCUAUGCCUUUCUGCUGUUCCAGGAGGAGAGCUCAGUACAAGCUUUGAUAGAUGCCUGCCUAGAAGAAGAUGGGAAGCUGUACCUGUGCGUGUCAAGCCCCACCAUCAAGGAUAAACCGGUGCAAAUUCGACCAUGGAACCUAAGUGACAGUGACUUUGUAAUGGAUGGUUCUCAGCCUUUGGACCCCAGAAAAACUAUCUUUGUUGGGGGAGUUCCACGACCCCUUCGAGCUGUUGAACUGGCAAUGAUCAUGGACCGUUUGUAUGGUGGUGUCUGCUAUGCUGGCAUCGAUACGGACCCGGAGCUGAAGUACCCCAAAGGUGCUGGCCGCGUGGCAUUCUCCAAUCAGCAGAGUUACAUUGCAGCCAUCAGCGCUCGCUUUGUGCAGCUCCAACACAAUGACAUUGACAAACGGGUGGAAGUGAAGCCAUAUGUGCUGGAUGAUCAGAUGUGUGAUGAGUGCCAGGGCACACGCUGUGGUGGGAAGUUUGCCCCGUUCUUCUGUGCCAACGUCACCUGUCUGCAGUAUUACUGCGAGUACUGCUGGGCGAGCAUACACUCCCGCGCCGGGCGGGAGUUCCACAAACCGCUGGUGAAGGAGGGAGGCGACCGCCCUCGCCACGUCCCGUUCCGCUGGAGCUGAGCCCAGGGCAGACCCAGCCACAAGCACUGGAGUAGAUGCAAGGAGGGAAACGAGAGGGCACUGCCUCAGGGCUUACAGUGUUCUGGAAAUCUGUGCAUUCGUUCUCGAUUUUUAAAGAAGAAAUGGGUCUUUUUAUUAUUAUUAUUAUUUACAGUCAUAUUACUGAACUCAAUGUCCAGUAUAAUGCAAAAUUGCAGAGUGUAUAACGGUACUGAUUUGCACUUUGAUUCACACCUUUGUCUGCUUGGUACCUUCAUUUCUUACACCUGACUUGUCACUCGUGACAGUACGUAGACUGCCAUUCUCAUCAGCAGCCAUCGGGUUGAUGUCUGUGGUUUUCCUUGUUUGUUUAUCGUUGUUGUGUUGUUAUUGUUCCGAUGGUUUUUGAACGGGAGCAUGCACUUAUUUUCAGAAGCUCAGAGAGUUGCCCCUAGGAGAAGACGUACCAAAGGCAAUCCUCGCGAGCAGGUGGCAGAGGUAGCGGAAACAUCACAACAACUCAGCAAUCAUUAGUUGGGGUCAUUUAGAGUAAAGAUAACCCUUGAUGAAAAUAAGCCUUUAGUUGCUCUCUAUUUCGACAUGUAAGGAUACCUCAUAAGCUGAAUCUUUAUUUUUCCUUCAUGUUUGAUUUUUGUUUUGCUGAGGAUUUUGGUUAGAUCUUUUAGUAUUAUGUAAAUUUAUGCUGCAAUAGCUUUUGCUGCUAUUAAAAUGGUAUUAUUAAUACCAUAAUACUCUAUUCAGGCUAAGGUAUCAAUGAAAAAAAAAAACCCAACAACACACUUUUGUGAUUUAGGGAUAGAAUCAGCUGCCGGCAGGAGAUCGGAACAGACUUCAGAAAGCUUCAACGGAAGGUCACUAUUUCUGACUGCAUGUUUACUUAAUCAGGUUGCUGCAUGCAAUAAAUUUUAUAUCCAAUGUCUAGUAUAAAACCUUCCCACAAUGCACAAAUUAAGAAUCUAUAUAAGCUAUACAAUACUGAUUUUUUUUUUAACGAAAAAGAUUUUUUUCAUUCAAAGAAUUGGUAAUCGACCGGAAGAAGGCAUGCCUCAAUAAAUGGAAUGCUUCUGAAAUUAGGAGGAGCCCAUAACAGAAUGACCUAUAUUACAACCAAUAUAAAACCUAGGUGUAGGAUAUUCUUAAAGCAAAUUUGUGGAUGGUAGAUGAAGUACUUUGCGGUGCUCUGUUAUAUAUUGUGCAAUUUAUUUUAUAUAGUAAAGUGAUUAUGUCUAACUGUGAUCAAACUUAACUGUUUAAAGCCUCUGUGUCAGACAUUAAUGGACUUGACAGUUCAUAACUGGUAUACUAUUAACUAACACAUGAGCUCUUAGUUACAAUCUCCUAGUGCUUGCACCAUUUUACAUAGCUUCAGACCUUGUCCAGAAAACCAAAGAGCUCAUCUUAGCUUACAGACACUAGGAAUAUAUACAGUAUAUAGAGAUAAGCUGUCAGAUUGACAAACUAGGCACAUUUUAAGAAAGUUGCGUGAUGGUGAUGCUAAAGAAAUGUCUGUACCAAAUACGAUGGCCUGGGUGGAGUUGGUUGUCUGGGUGAGAAAUUAACUACUUAAGUCCCUGGAUUUAUCCUGUAAAGCUUGAAUAGAAUUAAGACCUGCUAAUACUACCAUGGACAUUUUUUUAGCAUUCACUCUUGGGCUGCAGAUGGUAAUAUAUAAACACACACACAAUGGUUGUGAGACUAUGUACAUUUUUUUUUUCCUAAAUCUUCUUCCUAUGUUCUGGAAUUCUGGGGACAAUCUGACUGGAUAUGACACUGCAGAAUAGAUUUAAAUCGCUGUGUUUUGUGUGCUGUGCUGUCCUUGUCCUGUCUUAAGUUAAUAUUGCUUGUUUUUGUUCUGUUUUGUUUCUCCAGUGUUUCGUUGCAAUUACCAGCUCUCAAACUAUAGUUUGUUUUCAAAGAGGAAAAACAAAAUAGUUUUUUACUGGAUUAAAAAAGCUUAUUAGAAUUCUCCCCUUUUGAGGUUACCUCUGGGCUAUUUGGUAAUAAUUGCUUUUUUCCAGCCCAGCUGUGGUUUUCUGUUUGUUUUUUUUCUAUGUUUGUGGUUUUUUUUUCAUCUGUACAAGAAAUUUUGUUAUGCACGACUACUUUUUGUAUUCUAGACAGUUUUCAAAAGUUGGCUGAAGAUUUAUUCGUUUGUUUGUUUUUAAGGAAAAAGGCAUGCUUUCUGACUGACAUGAUCUUUUGCAAUACCUCAAUUUUGAAAUAUAGGAGAGAAAAUGAUAUUUUCUAAGUAAGUUUAUUCAGAAAAAUAUAUAUUAAUUUAAUUCUGCAAGAAAAAUGAUUUAACAGAUGGGUAACUUUAUUUUUUUCAUGCUUAUUUGUGUUUUUUGAAAAUGAAGAAGUUAGAGCUUUAUAACUAUAAUAUUAAAGAUCAUAUCUAACCUACAGAAAUCUACCUAAUUAUGUGAAAGAAGCAAAACUUUUUGAAGAAGCACCCCUCUUUCAUGUACUAAAAUAACACUGAGAUUAAAAAAAAAAAAGUUGGAAGGUUGUACAGCAUAAAGCUUAACAUGGAAGCGAAAAAACAUUGUCAUGAAGAAUAGGUUACAAAAAAAUAAACUCCAUUUGGUGCUGAAAGUUGUGAAUAGAUGGUGGAAACUACUUUCCCUUAAUUUGUAUAUUUAUAAUCAAGCGUUGAUUGUGCACGACUGACCAGGAUUGUGAAAGAGUUCUUCUGUUUGUAUUUUUUUAAAGAGAACUUUUUUAGUUUAUUAAAUUAUAACAUGUUCCCUUUUGUUUUGUAAAUAAAUGUGCCCCCAAGUUGUUAAUGUUAUAUUAAAAGAGAGGGUCCUUCAAAAAAAUUAUUUUUUAAAACACAGAGGUGUUCUGACCUGCAACUUGACUGGGAAGCCCCUGGGUAUCACAGGUCCUGUUGUGGCCUUUCCUUGAUGUGACACUUGAACUAGUCGAUUUUUUGAAGGCUAUAACCUAACCUCGACUAUUUGUUGUUAUGUGCAAUACUGUUUGUACUGUUUGUAUAAAAAAUAGAAAAAAAAAAGAAAAGAAAAAAGGCAUAAAUCUUUAUUGCAGAUUUAUUUUCAUUGCAAACUUUAGACAUUGUGAUUCACUGAAAUCAUUUUUCUACUGUCAAAUAUGUACCUUUUCUUCAUGCUGGUAUUUUUUCAAUAGUAAUGUAGCCUUUGUACUGAGACAAAUUUUCAUUGUUAUUUUUAGAAAGAUUUUUUGCUAAGAAAAAAAUUAAACAUAUUUACAUAUUUUUCAUUUUAUUUCGUAUUUUCUUUAAGGAGUGCUUUCUCAAUCAUUAAUAGAGUUGUUUCUGGGAGGGACUUUCAUAUCUGGUCAAUGUCAUAAUAUUAUUUUGUAUUUUUACUUGGAAUAAAUUAAUUUUAUGAUGCUAAUUCUUUAAAAGUUUAUUUUUUUCAUUUUCAGUUAUUUUUGAAGCUAAAACCUUUGUAAUAUUGUUACUAAAGUGUCUAGUUUUUUGAAAUGCAAAGCUUUAUGUAUUAACUUGCUGAUGUGGUUUACAAUAGUGUGACAACAAUGAAAAUGGUUGGUUAUGUAAAGUGAUUGGAAACUGUAAUGAAUAAUUGGGUAAUAAAAUGACAGAAUGAGCAGAACAUGUGAGAUUUUGACAAGCCUUUUCCUUUGUUACAGUGGUUUAGUGUAAGAUUAGGGAUGUCACAGUACAGUUCUCUAGGGAUGUCACAGUGGAUUUAUACAACACCAGGUGCAGCCAAAUCUGUGGCCCUGCUCAUGAAGUCACCCUAGUGAAAUAGCACCAGGUGGAAAACCUGGCCAGGUCAACAGAACGACUCAUUGCUUUCCCCCCUCUAACUCUUCAUUAUGUUGUGUGUGUGUGUGUGUGUGAGUGUGAGUGUGUGUGUGAGAGAGAAUCUGCCACCAACUGCUGUCCAUGUGUGAGACGGUGCCUUCCGCCCAGGCCACAUCUUCUUCACUCACAGUGGUGAUGUCUGAGAGUAAGAGCAGGUGCUGAGAGAACACCACCUUCUGUGGCAUUCGACUUGGAUUGCAAGUCACCCCUGUGCGGCUUGGGUGGGACACCAAGGAAGCACUCAGCUGUCACCACUGUAUAUGGACAGUCUCAGACUUCGUCUUCCUUCACCUCACCUGCUCCGUUAUGGUGUCCCUCGUUUGUCCCUAAUUGUCCCUUAUUGUGGCAACACAUCUGGCAACACUCUGAGCAUGAUCUGUCUGCCCUCCUGCUUCUUUUCCAACACCCACCUCACCUUGAAGCUGUGUUGUUAAGGCAGCGUGUCAUUGUAAUGGCACCUAAAAUUGAGACCAAAAAAACGUACAACUGCAAAACUGGUGUUGCGUAAACAGAACAUCCAAUGACUUGCUCUAGAUAGAUGGUGUGUUUCUACUAGUCCUUGAUGGCCUCCCCCAGUGCCGCUGCCACGGAGGCGAGGUAAUCAAUAACUCGGAGAAACGUGUGUCCAGAGUUGGCUUUUGGGUAUGCUCUAUGUAUUCAGUUUUGUAAAUAAUAUAUAGAUUAGAUCAAGUCGUGAUGUAAAAUUUUAACUCAAAUUGGGUAUUACUGGUUGGAAUUUUACAUUAACUACAAAUAAGUGAUUAGGAACAGAAGAAACGAAAUUGGAAAAUUCUUGCUUAGUGGUAUAAAGAUUAUGCUUAGAUUUCUGCUUAUAUCUUGUGUUUUAUAGCUUGUUAGUGAGGCAUGGGCUAAUGCAGAAUGUAUUGCAUUUAUGCAAUUAGCAAAUAACUGCUAGUUUUAAUUUUAUCUAUUGUAUUAGCAACAAAAUGGUAUUUAACUGGGUAAAGCUCCUACCUAAAUAUUUGAGUAUUGUGACAUCUCUACUUGCAAGGUUUGAGUGAAAGAUUAGUCACAGAUUAGUGAAAAAAAAAAAAGUAUCUUUUUGUUAAAACUGGCUUAUUUGUAUGGAUUGCUGCCUUUUCACUGGUUUGUAUGGUAUGUCAGCUAAUAUUUUCUGUUGAUUUUUUUUUAAUAACCAAACUUCUCUAUCUCAGCUGCAAUAGUGUUCCAUUUUACCACAGAGUAUUUUAUAAUUAAUGCUGUUGACUUUAUACCCCAAAAUGGGUCAAGAAGUGGAUAUGUGAUUUGAGGAUGUUUCAGUUUGUCUGACGAUGAAGCUAAUUGCAACAAGUAGAAACCUUGGGUGCUAAUACAGGAUAACUUCUGCUCUUUUUCCUUUUCUGGAUCUAGUUCUGUUGGGGUAUAAAGUAUUAGGUAUUUGUAUUUUUGCUGUCAAAAUAAUGGACAUAACUUUUAGCGUGUUCACAGCUAAGAUCUCUGUAUUUGUUUUUCAACUAACAACUAAUUUUAAAUGUAUUGUAUCUUUUAUUACCUGUUCUCUUAGAUUGUUUUUGCUAGUAACCCUUACUCAGCUUCUGCCUUUGGGGCUUGGACUAAUAUUGCUUGUACGGAACUGCAGUACUGUGACUAAACAUGGAGCUCAAUGCAGCUAUUGCUUACAACUGCUUAAACUUUGUAGUUUGGACUUCAUUUUUUUCUGUAAUAACAACUUAUUAAAUCUAGUUGUAUGAAGUA